AUGGGCUUCAAAGUAGCACUAAUCACUGGAGGCGUAGACAUUAGCAAUUAUGCUGACCUCUGCGGCGUCUUCCGCAACGUCUUCGAAGCCGACAAACAGCUCGACUUCGCCUUCGCCAACGCCGGCACCAUUGAGAGGAGCAACUUCUACGAGAUCCAUGGAGACGGCUCAGCACCACCGCCGUUGCCAGAUCUCGCCACCAUCGACAUCAAUUUGAGAGGCACCAUCUACACCACCAACCUGGCCAUCCACUACUUCCGCCUUUCGCCGCACAAAGGUGCAGGCGCCAACCUGGUCAUGACGUCCAGCGCCGCCGGAAUCUAUCCCAUGUACUACUCGCCAGUAUAUUCGGCGUCGAAGCAUGGCAUCGUCGGCUUCACGCGCUCAAUCGCGCCGAUCCUGCACAAGGACGGAAUCCGGACGAACGUCCUCUUACCGGGGUUGGUGCGGAGCAACAUCCUGGAGGAAGCGGCGUGGGCGGCGUUCCCUGCAGAAGCCGUCACGCCGGCGAAGCUCAUGGCAGACGCGGUGCUGCAGGUCAUUGGUGGCGGCGACAUGACGGAUGCACGCGGCGUGACGAUUGCCGGACCUAAGCUGUAUGGACGCUCGGUAGAAGUGGCGGUCGACCGGUUCUAUUUCCGGGAGCAGCCCGAGUACUGCGAUGAGAAGAUGCGGGCUCUCAUCGAGUCGACCGGCGACGAUGCGCAGCUGGGGACGUUGGUGAGCGAGUGA